GAAAUAAACAAUCUGUUCCUGGAUUCUGCUUUUACAAAAUGAAAAUUUCAUGACAAUAACGGCUAGUUAGAUUGUACUAGGACAACGACAACCUCCGUGCUUGUAGCUGUAUUUAUAGUUGGAGUUCCUUUAGCGACUAUUUUCGAAUGUUGUCCAAGAGAGUAGACAUGAUGCGAAGCCACGAGAAAAAGUGCAAAGGUGCAAACAAAAAAAGAAAGCACGCCCAAAAAAGUAGUGGAACAACAGAAGCAAAAUGAAGAAAGGAAAGUGAAGAUUGAACAAGGAAGAUAAUUUGUCGCACGCGACAUAAAAACUGCACCACCUCGCGCUAGGCACAUUCAUUCAUUCAUUCAUUCAUUCAUUCAUUCAUUCAUUCAUUCAUAUGUCACCAGCAACAUACCUACAGCAUUCUUACUUGUUUGAGGUUUAUUCUUGUAUCAACCGCGUACGACAGGCGGUAAGAAAUUUCAAUAAUGCACCAACAGAGUAAAAGUAAGUUUCUAGAGUAUAAAAGUCUAGUACAGGAUGAUGCCUCGUUCUCUCGGCGUUACUUCGUGCCACCGCAUCCCGAACUCGGAACAACAGGGUGCUUGCGGUAUCAUACUGACAACGUCUCUGCAGUUCGCUGGACAUCAGAUACGGAGUGUCUUACCUGCAGCAUCGACUCGGCCCUAUGCAAGUGGAACCUCGAAGAAUUCGACGUAGGUAGAGGUGAAACGACUCAAUAUACAAUCAAAUUUCAUGAUUGGAACUGAACUUCUUCUUGGGAUGACGUCGUCUCUGACCUAGAUAUUUGAACGAGACAUGUGUGGUUGAGUUGGACUUUCUCAUCGAGUCUUUCUAAGAGCAAGAUUAAUUUAUAUUAAGUCAUUGAGUCAUUUGUACUUGACGCAGCUUCCAGGCUGCUGUAUUGAAGAGAUUGAAAGAGCAUUCAUAACGCAGAUCAUUCCCUUCAGGCGCAGCAGACCGGGAUCCUGAUGCUCCUACUGCCCAGAGGGAACAUGCCUCUGCACAAACAAUCGAGUUGCUGCAACCUCAGCUUGUACAGACGCAGGCGCACUCGGAAGGCGUGUAUUGUGUCGAUGUCCUGAAUGGCGUCGUCGCAACUGGCGCCAGCGGGAGCAAACAUGAUGACACGCUGAAACUCUGGGAUUUGAAGACGCUCGAGGAGACCUCGUGUGCGUUGAAGACGGAGUCUGCAGUAUACUCGAUGCGAUUCAGAGAUCCGCACUUCUUGGUGGUCGGGACAAAGCUGGGCACCUGCAUGUUUUUCGACCCGGCAGCAGAACGCUGCAUCGGAAAUCUCAAUGUCCUUCACAAAUCUGUAUUGCAGCUAUGGGCGGAAAGACUAACUUCUAGUUGAACUAGAGUGAAUAUGAUAUCUUUUUUCAUUUUUUUCAAGAUUAGAAGAGAGCUGGUACCAGUAGCUUGAUGUUUAUGAUCUCCUCUUCAUGAUCUUCCGUCGACUUGUCGGAGAGUUAUGGGGUGCUCACUGGUGGUAGCGAUGGACGCAUUCAUUUGUUGGAUCCUCGUACGCACAUUGGGCAGGGUGCGGGCCACGAAGGCGCUGGAUCAGGGAGUGGAGAGUCGGCCUAUGCUGGUGGUGGCUUGUCACCCAGCGGUGGUGGAACAGGGAGUGGUGGACCUAAUUUGAGUUUUGUAAUGGUCGAGAAGACGGCGAUUUACGCGGUCCGAUGGGUCAGUCAGAGCUCCCAUUACUUUCUUUCUAGCGGGGACAAUUAUUGCAUCAGUCGCUGGGAUGUUCGGAAGAUGUCGUCGGCGUUGGGAGCACGACGGCGUGGGGAGCAGUCUGUUGUAACAAACUACUUCGGCCAUAGCAGCGAAGUGCGCUGUUUGGAGCUUCUUGGAUCAGACUUCUUUGUCUCGGGUACAGGAGACGGCUCACUGCGCAUUUGGCCGGUAGACGAGGUGGGCGUUCUUGAGGAAACCAUGAUUAUGAGUUCAAGUUAGUUCUUUCUCAUCAUAUUCUUAAGUUCUGAGCGCUCCUCUAGAAAGAAGAGUCAUCUGCAUCAUGCUGGCACGGUAUCACGUCAUUAUCUAUCAUGUAUCAGGAGCUCGAAAUUCUAAGAAUAUCUAUGAUUUUAUUUCUUCUCGUUCAUUCACCUUUCGCACGAUAUGUUACUGGAGAAAGCCGAAGUCGACCGCGCGGAUAUCGAGGCAAAUGUUGUUGCGCAUGCGCACACGGACCAAGGAAGAAAGCGAGUUCAAAAGAAUGUGGAGGUAUCGUCUCUUACCUUUGUUUUGUACAGCUUGCUAGGAUGCAAUCAAGUGUCCGUUGUACCGUUGGAAAGUACCAAAAUACAGGGUUUGAUCGACUUCGAUCUUUCUUGGAGGCUACGUCGGUUGUCGUGAAUCCUUUAGCAAAUCUGGUAUGACAAUAAUGUGGAAACCAGCACCAGCACAUCUACUGGUGCACCAUGAUCAGUACCAAAUCUUUUCACUUAGCUGCUGCAUCAACUCUACGAUGAGAUGUUCGAGUUGCAGGAGAUCUAUGGGGAACGCACUGCUCUCCAGUGUCUCCAGGCAACGUAUCAGUUAGACGCGCAUAGUAGUCUUGUUUGUGGGGUUUCCGCGAGACGCUGUCCGCGAAAAAAAGAACGAUGGCGAAUCUUGACCUCCUCAGCUGAUCAAACAGUGAAGCUCUUCAGGCUCGCGCAACCUUUGGACAAGAAUCGACACAUGCGGUGGGUCAAUAGCAACCAUCGGACUACGGUUAUCAACCCGGCAGAUCAGCCUUACUACGGAGGUGCACCUCUGCUUUCACACAAACGACAUGAUUCGCUAACCCGCGGCUUUGUCGGUGCAUGAUGAGUGCUAUGCUUUGAAAAAGCUUGCAGUGACAACUACGAUCGGAUUUUUAUGUUGAAAAAGUUAGUGUAAGGUCAAAUGCCAAUAUAUGCAAGAAAGUCCAGCGAAGUAAUGAUCACGCUUGUGUCCAAGAGGGUGUGAAAUUGAACUGCGAGAUUGAAGUAAGCAAUGCAGCUAGUAGCUUGCAUACCAGCUAUUUAAGGCAGGUAUAUUGCAUCAUUGCUUGUGGGUGAAAAGUAAAUGCGAAACGAAGUUGCACACAGGUACUCAAAAAACGACAGCGUGUUGUGUGGACCAAUCAUCAGCCGCAUUAUUGGAAACUCGGCGUUGUUCGGCGAACGCAAU